AUGUAUACUCAAUUAAUCAGAGAAAUUCUUGUUGAACCGGAAGAUGAUAAGCAAUUUAUUCAAGAAUUUACUGAUUAUUGUCAAAAGAGUCCAAAUGCGACGAAAUCUAAUCCAUAUGAAGUUAACGAUUUUGGUGAUAAUUAUAAACCUAAAGAAAAACCGAUUUGGUGGUAUACAAAACAAAUCUUUAUUUACGGAUUAGUUAAUAAAGCUUUACGUGAACAACAAUUUGAUAUGAUUAUUCGUCUUGGUUUUUUUUUAUUAAAGAUGCUCAUUUGGAUAUUGAAAAACUUCAUAAAGAAUAAAAACCGAAGAAAAAAGACAAAAAAAGGUGAAGGUGGAUUUUUAGCAUUCAAUAGUUUUUCAUCAACCAGUCUGAAUAUAUCGGUUGCUGAUGGUUUUAUUAACGAGAAUGUGGAACAAGAACGUCCAAUUAGAGUUGUGUUCAUUAUAACUGUUGAUCCAUCUGUUUCAUCAGCAAUUUAUGCUGAUAGUGUACAACUUAGUUUAAUGGAUCGUAUACGACAAGAAAUUGAAGGAUCAACACCUUUAUAUAAAUUCGGUGCUUUAAUGAUUAAAGUUGGUCAAUUUAAUAAAACAAAAGAAACUUAUCAUAAGUUUAAAAGAAAUACCAAUGAUGAAGAAGAAAAAGCUAAUAUUGAUCAUCAAUUAGAAUUUAUUGAAUAUAAACAAGGAAAUACAAAGGAAGCUUUGUUUUUUUAUCAAGAUAUUUUAAAUAAAAUUUAUGACAAAUCUUCACCAAAUGAAGCAAUCUUAGCUACAUGUUACAAUAAUAUUGCAUCAGUUUAUGAUCAUCAAGACGACUGUCGACAAGCAGUAGAGCGUUACGAAAAAGCAUUAGAGAUACAUAAACAAUCAUCUAUUCCAAAUCAUCCUGAUGUAGCUACAUUACACAAUAAUAUUGAUUUGAGACAUAUGAAAAGUCAAAAUAAUAAAGAAGCUUAUAAAUCUUUCCAAAAUAUUGUUAAUAUUGGUACAAAAGAUUUGCCUGCUAACCAUACAGAUUUAACAACAUAUCAAAAUCAUUUAAAACCUAUGAGCGAAAAGCUGAAUAAAUAUAAUUAA